AUGGAUACGGUUGAGGAAGUUGAGAUUCCAAUUCCAUCUUCAUCAUCUUCAUCAUCAUCAAUGGCGAAGAGGCCCUGUCCUUCUCAAAACCCUAGAAUGGAGGUCGAAAAUCUCCUCGACGAGUUUCUCUCUCUUUCUGACCGUCCUUCUCUCUCCCUCGAUCUCUCCUUAGAGAAUCUUCUUCAAUCAAUGCCUCCUGACUCCGAUCUCAUCGAUCGCGCUCUCAGAAUGGGUUCGCUACUUCUCGAUGCCGCCAAACACUCUUCCCGCAAACGCUCUUCCAAUCACAAUUCGAUUGUAUGGCCUUUUCCUCCGGACCUCACCUUCAAGAUCUUCUCGAUGCUUGAUACUCAGAGUCUGUGCUAUGUAUCUGCUGCUUGUUCAUUUUUUAGCAAAUGUGCUAAAGAUCCUUUGUGCUAUCAGAAUAUUGAUUUGACAACACUUGUUCCUAAGGUUAACAAUGCAGUAGUUGCCACUAUGAUUCAACGAGCUGGAAAGGCACUAAGGUCUCUUAAACUUGGUGUUGUCCCUGCUACUGUUUGUUCUCCUGGAUUUUGCCAACCGUUGGUUUCUACCGUCCGGAAAGCUAUUGUAGAGGCGCCUAACUUUUCAUGGAAUGAUAAGAGGUCUCGUCAAGGGAGAGAAUCAUCCAUUCUUACAAGAUGCUGUUUAAACCCUUUAAGUGCGGAGGGUGGUGCGCCGGGGGCUCUUUUGAGAAAGUUACACCUGUACAACAUUGAGAGAAUGGACAUCACAUCCCUUUGUUGUGCAUUGUCAGCGUGCCCUUCUCUCCUUGAUCUGGAAAUUAUUGGAAUCCAUGUUGAACUGAGGCAAACUCUAAUGUCAGUAAGUGCAAACUGCCACUUGAUUGAGCGUUUGUUUUUCGAGUCUUCGAGAACAGGUAGAGAUGACAGCUUGAAAGCGCAAACCUGUUCUGAGCUAGUAAACAAUUGUCCUCAUCUAACCUCUUUAUCUCUUAGAGGGUUUAAGCUACAUGAUUGUAAAGUUCGCAUACUGGUUAAGGGAUUUCGGAAACUGAAAUUUGUUGAUUUUUCAACAUCAUAUUCAAUCACUGGAAAUUUCUUAAGAAACCUUGGAAGCUCCAAUGGUGGGAAUUUGCUCGAGGUCUUAAUUUUAAGGGAUUGCAUGCAUCUCAAAGAGAUGGAAGUUGCUAGGAUGUUGACAGCAAUUCUUGAAGGAGAUUUCAAAUUGCUUAUACAUCUUGACAUAUCCAAUAGGGAAGGCUUAGCAUGUGAGGCUGACUGGUAUCACAGGUGCUACAACUCUAGCAUUUUGCCUAUUAAGCAGGUUUUGGAAGCAAGGCCUGAUAUGCGUGUGGUGGCUGAAUAUCCAUCAGAAGGAAGCUAUGUCGAGACAUUUGAUACUGAUAUGACUAGUGAUAUAAGUCUGUUAUCACAACUUAGCAGCCCCUCAUCAGAUGGAUCAAUUUUUAUGAGUACAUCUGAUGGUAGCUACAACAGCGAUCAUGGUAGUGGAAAUGAGGAAGGACAAGAUGCGGUGAUUUAUGGGGAAAGUUCAGAUGAAGACAAUAAUCUGAGCCUGUAA